UUAAGAGCGUAGUUGUAUUGUAGCACUAGUGUGUAGUGUACGACACAAAUCCUCUUUAAUUGUGGCUAUCCUCCCAAGUCCCAACCUUACCUCACCGUAUCCUUUCCUUCCUUCUCUAUUCUUUCUUUCUUUUCUUACAUUGGUAGCAACACCACUUAUUUCUUCUCAGCUGUCACCGCCGUUUCCUUUCACCUUCUCUCUCUUCCCAAAACCCUUUUUUUUAUUAUUUUUUUUCUCAUCAUCUCUCCGUAACUAUACCAGCACCAACAGUACUCAUACACAACACAACAAAAAUAAUCAAAAUACUAACCAACUAUAAUAAUCAUGUAUACUUAUUCUGCAGCCGUUCCUCGCUGGCUUCAAUUCCUCCUCACCGAGAAAUUCUACAACGCUUGUUUAAUUCAUCCAGAAGCAAAAAAGAAUGAAAAGAACGUGUAUUGUUUGGAUUGUUGCAUCAGUCUUUGCCCUCACUGUGUUUCUCCCCACGCCUCUCACAGGCUCUUACAGAUCAGAAGAUACGUGUAUCACGACGUUAUAAGAGUGGAUGAUGUUGCAAAACUAAUCGACUGUUCUUACAUUCAGUCCUACAAAACAAAUAGUGCGAAAGUAGUGUUUUUGAAUCAGAGGCCACAAACAAAGAAAUGCUCCUCCGGCAAUAUCUGCAGCACCUGUGACAGAAGCCUGCAAGAACCAUACCAUUUCUGUUCUCUCUCUUGCAAGGUGAGUCACCUUGUGAAAACAUUGGGUACUCUAUCUGGUUACCUUUUCGAGUGCAACUACAUGCCAUUAUCUGAUUCUGGGCUCGACGACGGUUUAAUGACUCCUGACUCGGUUCUUGAACCGGUUGGUUCGAACCGGACUUCAUCUGGUUCGGGUGGAUAUGGUGGAGUGGAUUGUAGAACCACACUUGCUUGCACUGCAACUACUGAGAUUGUGAGAAUUGUGAGAAAGAAGAGAAGUGGCUGUUCAACUUUCCGACCACCGUGUAGGCCUGCUUGCUCGCCGGUAACGGAAAUCACAGUGAAUAGUAUGAACAGAAGGAAAGGAAAUCCGCAGAGGGCCCCACUAUAUUGAGAAAGAAUGGGAGAAGCUGGAGAAGAAUAAUAGAGUUAAAAUUUAUGGUUAUUAUUAUUAUUAUUAUUAUUAUUAUUAUUAUUAUUAUUAUUUAAUUAUUAAUGUUUUGAAAUCUUGGGUUGGGAAGGUAAAAAGGCUAUAUUUAUAUUUAUAGCUCCUAGUUUUUGUAGAGAUUUUUAUGAGGCUAUGGUGAUAGGAUAUGAUAUGAAUAUGAUGUGACUGGGUUUGUUAUAAUGCACAGUGUAAUGGAACUUAUUUUGAUUUUGGAUUUUCACUGUUCCUUCCCGAGGGGUAUUAUUAUU